UAAACUAAGCACCGGUGUGGUUGGUAAUGUUGAUGACCUUUAAAGAGCCCUUACACAUUUGAAUGCAUGAUACUGUAUUCAUUUUCAUUCAGCGUGGGGAAGAAGAGUUUGUUUUAUAGGAAGCAGAAAUAAACUGCAGUGAACUGUUUCUUUUUAAUACGGUAGAAAACAGUUGGACCAAGAAAGCAUGGCAGCACCCAGGAUCUGGCGAGCAGCAGCAACUGUAAAAUUGAUCUACAGGGACCUCACCAGAAGAUUUUUGCCUGCUGCCUGUGCUUUCCAUACCACUUCAGUUGAGCAGGAUUCCAACAGAACGUCAAUAGUGCGCUGUGGAAGGCAGAGUUAUGGGAGAAUGUACCCAGUUCUUCUGGUAAGACCAGAUGGCUCCACUAUCACCAUCAGAUACAAAGAGCCCAGGAGAAUUCUUAUGAUGCCAGUGGAUAUCUCCACACUGUCAGAGGCAGAGAGGAAAGCCAGACUGCGCAAGAGAGAUCCGAAGAGGGGGACAGCCAAACAAGGGCAGGAUGAGUUUGAAGAUGACUUCAGAAUAGAUGAUUACAGCAAGUUCUGGAAGAAGUAGUAAUGAACUGUUUGAGCAGCACUGGGACCACUUGUGAUGCUGUAUGCAACUGCGGGUUGAAAGUUAUUAAAUUAUAUUAAUUUCA